AUGGCUAGCAAAAUCGUCCUCAUCACCGGUGCCAAUACUGGGAUCGGAUUCCAGAUCGUCCGCGCUCUGUGCAGCUCCAACCAAGCCUACAGCAUCAUCGUCGGCGGCAGAUCCACCCUCAAAGUCCAGCAUGCCAUCCGCGCCAUCGAGUCCGAAUUUCCCAGCACUGCUAGCCAGCUUUUUCCGCUGGAAAUCGACAUUGAGCAUGACGAUCAGAUCCAGCGCGCAUUCAGCGAGGUACAGGCCAAGUUCGGCCGUCUGGACGCCCUUGUCAACAAUGCCGGGGCCUCCUUCGACCUUGAUCCGACCACUGGUACCAUGACCGAACGCGACAUGUGGAAUAAAACCUGGAACGUCAACGUCGUCGGCACUCACAUGCUCACCUCCACCUUCGUCCCGUUACUCCUCCAAAGCACCGACCCGCGUGUCCUCUUCAUCUCCUCCGGUACAUCUAGCCUCACCGGGACCGACAACCGCGCCCUCGCGAUCAACCAGUUCCCGGCCAAGGGAUGGCCGAAGGCACCGGGAUUCAGCUUCCCCGCCUACCGUAGUUCCAAGUGCGGCCUGAACAUGGUGAUGAGGGAGUGGGACCGGAUAUUGAAGGAGGAUGGCGUUAAGGUCUGGGGUAUCGCUCCGGGGUUCCUGGCAACGGGACUGGCCGGUGUCGGCGAGGAGGAGCUCAAAAAGAGGGGAGCAGGAGACCCAGCGGUUGCAGGACCGUUUAUCCGGGCUGUGCUGGAGGGAGAGUGGGAUACAGACGUCGGGAGGGUUGUGAGUCGAAACGGAGUGCAGCCGUGGUAG